AGCACUCCGGCUCAGACCCUGAGAUUUUGCGCUUCCAGGGUUCAUUUCUUCGCCAUGCCGGUGACCUGUGGAGACUGCUGCUGCCCUGCGGAGUGCAACGAUGAGCGGUGCGGCUGCAAGUGCGGGGAGUCCAUUUUGACCUUGGGCCUGGUCUUCGUGAUCGCGGCGGCGGCCUUCUGGGCGGUGGGCUGGCUCUUUGGCUGGAACGGGCCCGACACCCACUUCCAGGCGGACAUGACCUACCACUCCUUCAACAUGUUCUGGUUUUAUCUGGGCUUCCUGACCAUGGUCUUCGGCGCGGCCUACGCCUUCUACGCCCGCGGGGGCAAGGCCUUUGCCCGGGAGACGGAGAACGAGGAGCCAAAGGACGAAUCCGCCGUCCAAUCUGCCCCCACGCCAUACGUCAUGAUGCCCGAGCCUUGAGCGGCCCUCGCUUCCCCGAUCGCUUCUGACACAAAGCAGAGGUUUUGAGACC